AUGAACCAAGAUGGAAGCACUAGCGAGAUCGGGCAGGGCAAGGAAGCGUUUGAAACUGUGUACGAGCUGUCGCGACUUCUCAACACGGGACUUGAUCGGGAAUCCCUCAGCAUUCUCAUCUCCCUAGUCGAGAAGGGCGUGAACCCUGAAGCACUUGCCGCGGCCGUCAAGGAAAUCCGACGGUCGUCCAAUGGCGCCCCCUCUGGGACUGGCAAAUCCACGAACGACCAACAGUUUCAUUAUUAA